AUCUAUCUAUACACAUUCCUUGCUUUUAAUGGUUUUCUAGCUAGCUAGGGUUUUUGGCACAUCUUUGCAGAAGUUUAAAAUUGGUUAAAUUUUGUUUGUAUGAGUUAUCAUACAGUAAUGGGACGAGGAAAGAUCGAAGUGAAGAGAAUUGAGAACCAUACAAGCAGGCAAGUGACUUUUUCAAAGAGGCGAACUGGGCUUUUAAAGAAGACACAUGAGCUGUCUGUGCUGUGUGAUGCCCAGAUUGGUCUCAUCGUCUUCUCUAGCAAAGGGAAACUUUUUGAGUACACAACUCACCCUCUCAGCAUGUCCCAAAUCAUAGACAGAUAUUUGAAAACAACUGGUUCUCGUAUUCCUGAGUACAAUAACAGGGAACAUCUGCAUAGUGAGAUGACAAGGAUAAAGAAGGAGACAUCGAAUCUUCAGCUAAGUCUUCAACGAUACAAAGGUGAUGACUUGAGCUCCGCACAGCUUGAUGAGCUCAAUCAACUCGAACAACAGUUGGAAUACUCCAUCCAGAAGGUCCGAGCUAGAAAGUUCCAACUCUGGCAACAACAGGUGAACAAUCUUCAAAGGAAGGAAAAAUUGCUUGAGAGGGAAAAUGAAGAAAUGUAUAACUGGUUGAUGAGUAAACGACAAGUGGAGAUAAACCAGCAACAAGCAGCAGCAAUGACUGAGCUCAAGCUUGUUGGACAAGAACAUCAAUUAUUUGAACAGUUUCCAUUUUAUGGAUCAGAAGAACAGCCCAACAGUGUUCUGCAACUAGCUGCAAAUCUCCCUGUCGACCUUCAACUUCAUUCAUACCAGUAUCAUCGCCUUCAGCCCACUCAGCCCAACCUUCAUCAAGAAUCGACUAGUGCACAAUAUCACAUCUAUGACUGAUUGCGCUACAAGGAGAAAGAAACCUAUUAAUAUGUGUGUGCUUGGUAAUAAAUAAAAAACUUAAUUAGCUUAUAUAUACGCAUGCAUUAUACAUAAAGUACGUAUUAGUUUCAUGUGUGUUUUGAAAGAUCUAAACGUUUAUACUUUGA